AUGUCAACAAAGAAGGCUCAAAAAAUCAACCCCAUGGCCAAAUCAAAUGGAUCACAGGCUUCUACACCUAAUGGAAGUGGUACAGUGAAUAUUGAGGAAAGUCAAAAUGCAGCCCCAAGUACCACUGGUGCUAAUCAAAAUCCUUUACAAAUAAAUCCUCAACAACAACAAAUAGCUAAUGGAAACAUACCAAUGAUGAAUAAUAUGAGCUUCAACCCAAAUUUUAAGAAUAAUGGUGCUGGGGUACCUGGAUCUAUUCCAAAUAACACUGGCUUUCAUCCACAACAAAUGGCAGCCUUUCAGGCUCAAGCGCAUUUUGCAAAUUUACAACAAGAUCCUAGUAGAAAUAAUCCACAAUAUCAACAAUAUUUGCAACAGUUACAACAACAAAAUCAGAUGUUCUUACAGAUGCAGCAAAAUCAACAGCAGCAACAACAGCAUCUACAACAUCAACAUUCAGUUCCUGGAUUUCAAGGCCAAAUACCUCAACAAGUCCCACCUCAAUUUCAACAACCUGGUCAAAACCAAAAUGCUAAUUCCCAACAUCCGGCACAAGCUUUCCCCCAUGCACAAUCUCAACAACCUACACCAUUGCAGCAGCAUCAACAACAACCUCAAGUACCAGGUCCACAAACAGCUCGUCCAGGCCAGAUACCAACUCCACAACAAACACAUCCAACGCAAACUCAACCCACACCACAACAACCACAAUCAGCUAGUGGGCCAGUACAUUCAAUUCCUACACCACAACAACAUCCUCAAGUACCUCCACAGCAACAAGAUCCUCAACAAAAUGCAGGCUCAAAACCUGAUCAACCUAAGUUAUCAAGAAUGCCUAGUGUAAGUCAACCAAACCAAAUACCUCAUCAACACCAAAUGAAUGCAAGUUCUUUGAUUAUGAAUCGCACUCCUCAAGCAGGUACUGCUAAUGCUCCUCAAGGAAACGUCCCUAAUGGCACUAGGGGUGCAGCUUUACCACAUGGUACCGCUCAAGGUGCAGCACAAGCAGCUCAAGCAGCCCAAUCUGGUAUGAAUAACAUUCAGAAUUCAAACCCUGCUGCUGCUCUGAAUCCAUCAAUGAUGAAUGUGAUUAACUUCAGAAGACAAAUGUCAAAUUUGGCCACAUUGAAAUUUCUUGAUUUUUGUGAGUUGAUUGGAGUAAGGACAGAUAGUAACAAAAAUAUUCUAUACUGGAGAAAAAUCAUUACUGAUUACUUCAGUGAAAUUGGUGUUUUGAGAUAUAGUGUCAAAUCAGGGGUAGACUCACGCCAAUUUGAAUUUAGUGUACCCAUCAUUCCAAGAUUUUUCUUCUCAAUCAUACAGAGUGGUGUCACAAGGAUGGAUAUUCAACCUGAUCUAUUAAGAACACAAGUCUUAGCAAAUGGUACAACAUAUUUAGAAAGCUCAAGAUGUUGUUUUACACAUUAUUAUUCUGAUGGUUCUUAUGUGAAUAUUCAUGGAAAUAUCAGAGGGAUCUUAAAUCAAAAUUUGAAGUUGGAUUACUUAGAUUUCCAAACCCAUGUCUUCAUACCUGGUGUUGAAUGGCCAUCACUUGAGAAAAUUUUGAGUGACGAACAAAAAGUGAAAGAUAUCUUCUUGAAUCAAGAGAACAAUAAGAAAGCUGAUAAUCCUGAAGCCAGAAGACUACAGCUUCUAACAAAAUUCAGAUCAAAUUAUAAAGUAUUCCACAGUAUGUCAAAUUUUGGUUUACAGGAAAGUGUUAUGAGAGUGAUGCAGGUAUCUGACGUUAUGGCUCAUUUGAAAAGUCUUAUGCUGUUUUCAAUCACUUCAGAAGACCCAACUGGUCCAUUAAAUUCUUUAGACGCAUUUGUCAAUCAAUCAAAGGACAAGCAAAGUGACGUUAAGGAAGAUUCCAACUCUACUGCCGCUAAGGAUCAGGAUAAAGAUUCACCUUUGAAUAUGGCCCAAUCUCCUCUAACAAAGUCUGGUAAAACUCCUUCAUUAGAUCUUUCACAAUCAACCUUAACAAAGAGAAGAAGAAAGUCUACAGUGGACAAUGGCUUGUCACCAAAAUCAACUGCUGAUAGUCCAAAAUCAACACCAACUGGUAAUCCAGGAAAGUCAAAUAAAAAAGCUAAACGUUAA